UCGAGUGGAUGAAGGAGGACGAGGACCAGAGCUCGAGGGACACCCCCGGCCUGGCCCCGCCCCCCGCGGACCGCACUCCGCAGCGCCGGCCGCCACAGACAUCAACGCCCUGGCAACUGCCUCCGCUCGCAAACGCAAAGCCGACGGCAAAAACCACUUCCAAGAAAAAAGCCGCAAAGCGCAGUCGAGAACGUCGAAAGGCCAUGCCGGCGGCGCCAGACAAGAUCAUGGAGGAGGAAGAGGAGAUGGAGGUGGAGGAGGAGCAAAGGAAAAUGACGAAGAGUGAGGAUGAAGACGAUCUCGAGGAGGAAACUCUGGACGAAGCGGAGAUGAGUCUCAGAGGGCCGCUGAACAUCAAUGCCGACGAAGACGAGGAGGGGAUAUCUGCGAAGGAUAUUGAGAAGGAACUCGUACAGAUGAAGAAACAGCAGGCAAGUGAGAGAUCCGGCAAGGAAUCUCGCCCCCACACGAGCCACGCGAGAAAUCCGGCCGGCGUGAGGGUAACGGAGCGGCUGGACGAACUGCAGGCCACGCAAGCCAAAAUGUCUGAGAUCCUUCAGGAGAUCUUGAAGAAAAUGCGGAUUUCCGAGGCGAAGGACAGAGCUAGGGAAGAGGAGGAGGACAGGAGGAGGAGAGAAGAAGAGGAGAAAAGGAGGGAAUGGGAGAGGAAAGAAGAAGAGGAGAGACAAAGGAAGGAGGAAGAGAAGGAACGUGUGUUUGUGAAGUCUCGGCUGGUGGACGAGGAAGAAGAGGAGCUGGAAGAAUUAAUACCAAUAUCAAAAUCAAAGUUAAAAAAUAGAUCAGUCAAAAAAAGUAAAUAGCAUUUUUUAUGGACAACUGUGGAUAGCCGUAGGUUACACUAAAAAAAUGGAAACAAGGACGAUAACAGUAAUAAGACUCACGAACAGUUAUCUUAAA